GGAAGUUGGGAGCUGUGUUUCCGGUGAGGGCAGGAGACGGCUGUGACAGCGGGACCGCACGAUCUCUUUUUGGAAAAUACACCUAACCUUGGCUUGCCUGAGAUUUCUAUGGAAAAUUUCAUUCUUCACCAAGCUGAACGUGUUCACAAUUCCCCAGAACUUGUGAUGGAAGAAAUAACUCUUGCCCAAAGUGAUGAGAUCAUCAUUAAUACAGAAAGCAUAAGCCUGGAGAAUUCGGCGGUCUCAAAUGAUGACUCAAACUCAUGUGAAGAAGAAAGUCUCCCAGAAUCCUCUGCUGGUACACACCAAGAAUAUACAGAGCUAGAAUAUUCAACAGUGGUUGCAGGAGAAGAUGAUACAGAAGACGAUGCAGCCCCCGGUACUUAUAGCAACACACGAAUGACACAUUUUAGCUCUGAUGAGAAUGAUGAAAUUGUUAGUAAUGACUUAAUGGAAACGCAAAGAGCACAAUUAUUAGAGAGUACAUAUGAUUACAGCAAUAACCUGGAAGACUUUUCUUUUGUAUCGGACAGUGUCGAUUGUCAAACAAGUCAUCAGAAAGGUCCAAAAGGUGAUAAAAGCUUCAUUUGCUCUGAAUGUGGAAUGUUUUUUGACAGAUAUUCAAAUCUUGUUAGACACCAGCGUGUACACACCGGGGAGCGUCCUUAUGUCUGUACAGAAUGUAACAAGUCUUACACGCAGAGUGCACACCUUACUCGACAUCAGAAGAGCCACACAGCUGUGAAAACCUACCCGUGCCGGGAUUGUGGCUAUCGUUUUGCUCACAAGGCUCAGCUUGUGAUACAUAGAAAAGCCCAUAGAGGAAGAACGCAGUUUGCAUGCGCGGUCUGCGGAAAAUGUUUCAUUAAAUAUUCCAACCUUCUUGUGCACCAGAAAGUUCACCUGGAGCCAAAACCAGAACCAAAGUUUUUUGAAUGUUCCUUAUGUGAUGAAAAGUUUAUUCACAAGUCGGACCUUGCAAAACACGAGCGAGUUCACACUGGGGAAAAGUUCUUGUGCUUUGAAUGCGGAAUACGUUUUUCUUGUAGCUCAAGUCUUCAUAGGCAUCAGAAGAUUCACACUGAGGAAGCAACAACAGAUUAACGAGACAUUUCCAUUAACUGUGAUACCAAACAAGGCUGGAUUUAUACACAAGUAACAUAGCGACUUCUACACUUAGUCGGGAAAUGCAGCACAAAAGCCAGGAGGCAUGGAUCCUAAAUGUUUUACCAAUUGCUAUAAAACAUUUGUGGUGUUUUCAUGAAAUCCAGUGAAUUUAUGGAGUUUCCGUGUUGAUAGGGCUUUCAGAUUCUUAAGCUUCUGAAAGGACGAACUCCUCUUAUUAGAC